GGCUUCCGCGGGACUGGCCUCGGAACCGGGGCGUUGAAAGGGUAAUUUGAUUGCAUGAUGCUGAAGACUAAAAUCCAACAAGUGAUAUAUUGUAACAUAUGAGUCACAAAGAACAUGUGCCGAAAAUGAGACAGAAGGAAGUAUUAACCAAAACCUUCCAAGCCCCUGCUGUUGUCUGUAGUUCUACAAAUAGUCAUAUUUACAUGUUUAAAAAUGACAAUUCAGACUCAGAUGAAUUGUCUGAAGAGGAACUAAAUGUGGAAUUACGACCACGAGGAAAGGAACGACAAAGGAAUGCUCCGAGAGAGAAAGUAGGGGAUGUGGUAUUGCUAGAACGAGAACUUGCAGAAGAUGAUAACCUUAACAAACUUGCUCUUCAGUAUGGUUGUAAAGUUGCAGACAUCAAGAAAGUAAACAACUUUAUCAGAGAACAAGACUUAUAUGCUUUGAAAUCUAUAAAGAUUCCAGUGAAGAAUUACGGCAUCUUAACAGAGACAAGCAAGGAAUUAAAACCUCCCCAAACUAUAUCUUCCGAGCCUAGAUUGACGUUUGUUGAGUUGCCAGACUCAGAUAAUACAGCUGCAGGAAGUAAUUGUGCAAAAUCUAACCAACUGACAGAUUUUUUUAAGGGGAUUGAUCAAGAUAUUGAAAGUGCAGUACAAUCAGAAAUCUAUUUAAAUCAAGAUUAUUGCAUAGAAACCCCAAACCAACCUUUGCUUCCACUUAGUCAGAAGACUCUAAUGAAUGGUGCCGACUGUGGAAUUCAGUGGUGGAAUGCUGUUUUUAUCAUGCUUCUAAUUGGAAUUAUUUUACCAGUGUUUUAUGUGGUCUAUUUUAAAAUCCAAGGCUCUGGAGAAACCACUAGUAGCUUGAACACAACUAUAAUUCCCAAUGGCUCAAUAUCAACCAAUUCAAUUCCUGGCAAAGCCCCAGAACUAGAAAUUCAUUUGAAGACUACAACUUCUUCAGACAAUUUCAGAUGAAUAGGAAACUAAGCAUCUUUCUUCUUUAGAAAGAAAUGGAUCUGGGGCUCAUCUUCAACAACUGGGUUUCUCACUGGGCAUGUGCAGAUAAGUUCAUAUAAGUAAACAAAAUGAGCUUUCAGAUUCAUAAUGGAGAACUAUGGCCAUUUAUUUGGGUUUUGUAAAAGAGGCCAGGACAGAUUAUCUGGCCAUAGGUAACUUUGUCUCAGGUACAGUCAUACAUAGGAAGCCACUUUUUUAGAUCACCUUAUUCCUUGGAAAACUAAGUUUAAAACUAAGUUACUUACAUGGAUUCCCAUAUUAGUUUAUAGUAAUUAAAUAUUUUCUGAAUGUGUCACCCUCUUCUGAAAGGUUUUCCCCCUUAAUUACAAACAAAAUUGGCAUAUAAUAAAGGAGAUUGUGUAGUGAAGUAGAACUAGCUGCAAGUUCUACCUCUCUUCAAAAAUGGAUAUUUGUAAUGGUAAAUGUUAGUACUUAAUAAUAGAAAUAGUAUUAAGAAGUUACUUUUGUGCUGAUCAUCCUUGAUAACCAAAAAUGAGUGACUAGAGAGCAUGUUGCUGUAGCAAAAAACUUUUAUUCCAUCUGUGUGGGUAUAAGUAAUAUGGAAGUAUAUGUGGUAGCAAUUAAUCCAUUUGAGUUAUAUUGCUUCUCAU